AUGAGUCAAGUUCAGUCCCUGGAAAGGAGCUUCGAGAUGGAGAACAAGCUGGAAACGGAGAGAAAAGUCCAGCUUGCCCAGGAGCUCGGCUUGCAGCCUCGCCAGGUCGCCAUUUGGUUCCAGAAUCGCCGAGCUCGGUUCAAGAACAAGCAGCUGGAGAGAGAUUUCGACUCCCUCCGCGCCAAUUUCGACCUCCUCAAAGCCGAAUACAGCUCCCUGCUCCAUGAGAACGAAACCCUAAAAAACCAGCCGGCCGGGAAAGGUUAUCUGGUUAGACAAAUGAGCAUUUCCUGCGCUCCAUUCCUCGUCUCCAAGUCAAUCGGAACGAAUCCACCGAACUCCCUCAGAAUAUCUCCGGUAAAGAAACCCGAUCCCGCCGUUUCACUGCUUCAGCUCUGUGUCAAUCUCCUGGAGCUCCGGCAAGCUCACGCCGUUCUCGUGAAGACUUGUCUAAUCAGAGAGAAGCGCGCUUUCGGCCGCCUCCUCUGGUCUUUCGCUUCGCUCCAUGAUCAUGACUCCCGCGGUCUCGAUUACGCUCAGAGGCUGUUCGAUCUCGCGGAGAUUCCGCGGAACUCGUUCAUGUACAAUGCACUGAUGAGGGCGCAUUCGAGCCACGGCGAUCCGAGGAGGGCGUUUAUGCUUUAUGCGGCUAUGGUUUGCGAAGAAGUAGAAGGAGAUUCGUCUGUGGUUCCUGAUGAUUUUACUUUCACUUUCGUUUUCUCUGCUUGUGCCAAGUUUAAUGGGAUUUCGGAAGGCAAACAGGCUCAUGCGCAGAUGGUGAAAUGGCCGGUUGAGUUUGGAGUUCAUUCGUGGAACUCGUUGAUGGAUUUCUACGUGAAGAUUGGGGAGCCCGGAGCAGCGGUCCGUCGAUUGUUUGAGGGGAUUGAGAACCCUGAUGUUGUUUCUUGGAAUUGCUUGGUUGAUGGGUAUGUGAAAUCUGGAGAGUUGGAAACGGCAAGGGAGCUGUUUGAUGAAAUGCCUGAGAGAGAUGUUGUGUCUUGGACGAUCAUGCUUGUGGCUUAUGUCAAUGCUGGCUUGCUUACCGAGGCUGCUAGAUUGUUUGACGAGAUGCCUGAGAGAAACUUGGUCUCUUGGACCGCCCUGCUCAAUGGUUAUGUACAAAUGGGGUUCUACAGUAGGGCUUUGGAUGUUUUGGAAGAGAUGCAAUCAGCAAGCGUCCAUAUGGAUGCCCUCACCAUAACAACUCUACUUUCUGCUUGUGCAGGAUUAGGAGCUCUGGAUCAAGGUUGUUGGUUACACAUGUAUAUUGAGAAACAAAGCAUAAGGGUUGAUUCCCAUUUGUGCACUGCUUUGAUUGAUAUGUAUAGCAAAUGUGGGCGAAUUGACAUGGCUAGGAAAGUGUUCAAAGAUACAACAGACAAGACAGUAUCGGUCUGGAAUUCUAUGUUGGGAGGAUUGGGGACUCAUUCCUUUGGGAAGGAAGCUGUCAAACUCUUUGAAAAGAUGAUGGAUGAUGGAAUAGAGCCAAAUGAGAUCACCUAUAUUAACGUGUUGGCUGCUUGCAAUCAUUCAGGUUUAGUUCAUGAUGGAUUCCGAAUUUUCAACAGAUUGAUGAAGGAUCAGGGCCUGCGGCCAAACAUCGAGCACUACGUGUGCAUGGUGGAUCUUCUGGGUCGCGCAGGAUUUUUACAAGAUGCAUUGGAGGUCAUUAGUAAUAUGCCAAUGAAAGCCGAUGGCGCUAUCUGGAGAGCCCUGCUUAGUGCCAGUAAAAUGCAUGGGAAAGUAGAGCUGAUAAAUGAAAUUGGCAGAGUUUUGAUAGAAUUAGAGCCCUCAAAUCAUAUGAACUAUGUGCUGCUUUCAAAUGCUAAUGCAUUUGUUAAUAGAUGGGAAGUUGUCGGAAAGCUAAGGAAGGAGAUGAAACUUAAAGGGUUGAUGAAAGCUCCUGGAUGCAGUUCAAUUGCAUUGAAUGGUGUAGUUCAUGAGUUUGUUGCAGGUGAUUGUUCCAUAGCUGAAAGUAGAGUGAUUUCAGAGCUUUUGUAUGCUAUGUCUAAUCACAUAAAGCAAGAUGGGUUCAAGGAUUUCUAG